AUGUCGCGAACUUUGUUCUCGAACGCUUACAUUAAUCAAAAGGAAACUAAUGGUCCGGUUGAUCAAGACGCACCAAAACCACCACAUCACGUCUAUUCCUCGAAUCACUACACAGCUGCCAACGGAGAUCCCAACUAUACCAAGGAAGAAGAAUCCGUCGCCACAGCUGGAGAAAAAGUUAGUAUUUAUCGAAGGCAGCUCGACGGCUCUUCUCCAGGUGAAAUCCGUCGCUGAGGCGACAAUGAAAGCUUGCAGUGAAGCUGGCGGCAAGGUGAAGGAGAGUCUUACGGGAGCCAUGAAAACCAUAUCCGAAAAUUGAUGUUUAUCUCUGCUCGUUUUAAUCUGAAAUUGUUACGCUUGGACUUCAAUAAACAAUUCUUUCAAAAUUUCGGGGAAAACAGUAGUUCUGAACUCGCCUUAUUCAUCUCGGUUUGAAAUCUUAAUCUACACAACUCGGGAAGAACAAAAAAACGACGAAUGUUUGUGAAAAGUCAGCUGAGAGACCACCGAACGUGAAAAGUGUUUUCUUGUUUGUUGCAGUGUGUUGGUCGCCUCGUAUUUAAGUGUUUGCAUCGAUUGAUUUUUCAAUUUUUUCCCUCUUUUUUGUUCAUUCAAUCGAUAUUUCAUUUCAGGAAGAAAGAAGAUGAGUGAAGAAGGACAAGUUCUUAAAUUGGAGAAGCACAGCGCUGUGAAUCCGCCUGACUUGAGCAUCCCACAUGGAGAUGAUACUAACUCAACGCCUUAUCGAACGGACCAUUACACAGUCAAAGACGCCGAGCCAAGUGAUUUCCACGGAACACAUUGUUCUUCCCAAGUUUGAUUUUAGCUUUAAAAUAUUUGUAAUGUGUGUGAUCCGAAAGAAAUGCUACUAAAAUUUUGCAAAGCUCUCGUGAGGCCUUCAAUAACCUCCAAUCUCCCUCUCCAAAUUUAGCGAUAUUCGAAGACCUUGUAGAGAUAGCUGAAACUCUUUCCUAUGUUAAACUUCAGUCUAACCGAAAAUUUCUGUCUCAGGCAUGGAUUUCGAUAUAUCAUUUUUUUUUUCAGAACGCUAAAUGCGCCGAUGCUUGUUCACACACUGUCGAAAAAGUCAAAGAAAAACUUCACGAUGCAAAAAAGUCCGUUUCUGGUCAUUGA